UUUUUUGUUUUACAAAUCACAGGCAUUCUGAAAAUGAACAAACAACAAGCUGAUGAGCUUAAUAAAGAAUUGAAGAAUAACAACAAAAGCGAUAAAGUAUCUGAGUCUCUAUUAAAACAAUUGGAUGAAGUACUGGAGAUAAACAAGAAACAGGCAGACGAACUCGCUGACAUGAAAGAGACCCAGUCGAAUUUACAAAAAGAGUUAAGUGACAUCCGGCGUAGAUACGGAACACAAGGAAAUGAAAUUGAAGAUUUGAGAAGUGAUCAAACGCGAUUGCAAAGAGUCGUCGCUAUGCUUGAGAAAGAAUAUCGAAGACAACAGCAAAGUCGCAGAUUCAGCGGGCGUGCAUGAUACAAUAUUCUAAGACCUUUAUACGUUUCCCAAAGCAUGACUUUAAAUAUAAGUCAAUUGACUUAUAUACUAUGUUUUUUUUUAAAGACGACUGAGCCUUAUCAAGCUUGAUUUAUAGCAAGACCAAUUAUCCAUGGAAAAAUAUAUUGUACAGACGAAUUUGUUGACAACAUUCCAUUUUCUCAGUGGUCUAUAUGCUUGAAAAAGAAUACCGAGCAGAACAAGAGCGUCGUCGGUUGGCACAGACACGAGCAGACAGGCGUGCGUGAUGCAAUAUGGUGAUUAAUAUACUAAAGAAACACCAAGUUUAC